AAUUGAUUUUUCCCACAAAUAAACGUUCUUCCUCUACAAUCCAAAAUGCCGUCGCAUAGGAUUCUGUCCGUUGGAUCGGAUGAGAGUGUAGUGAUAACCGGGGUAUCUGGACGGUUCCCCAGGGCCGAUAAUGUUCGCGAGUUCGCUCGCAGUUUGUAUGCAAAGCAAGAUUUAGUGGACGAGCUGGAGACUCGUUGGAGCCACACUAGACAGGACAUACCGCGCCGUACCGGAAAGGUAAACAAUUUGGAGAAUUUCGAUGCUGAUUUCUUUGGGGUGGGCCGGACCGAGCGUGACACGAUGGAUCCGCAGGUGCGCAUGACAAUAGAACACGCCUACGAAGCUAUGCUCGAUGCCGGAGUCAAUCCACAAAGCAUGCGAGGAUCCCGAACGGGAGUGUUCAGUGGAGUAUGUUUCUCGGAGACUGAAGUCAAUAUGUACUACAGAGUUUGCCCUCCGAGGGGACUCGGAUUGAUGGGUUGUUUAAAAUCACAGAUUCCAAAUCGUGUUUCCUAUCUAUUGGAUUUCAAGGGACCAAGUUAUGUGCUGGAUACGGCUUGCAGCAGCUCAAUGUAUGCCUUGGACGUGGCGUAUCGAAGCAUGAUGAAUGGCGAGUGCGAUGCUGCAAUAGUGACGGGAGCGAAUCUCACGCUGCAUCCUUUCAUAACAUAUCAGUUUGCAUUGCUGGGAGUGCUGUCGAAAAAUGGAUUGUGUCGACCGUUUGACAAGGAUGCCACGGGAUAUACUCGUUCAGAGGCAGUGUGUGCUGUGUUUUUGCAGAAAGCUAAAGAUGCGAAACGCAUCUAUAGUUAUGUCGUUCAUUCUUCUGCGAACUGUGAUGGGUUCAAAUCUGAAGGAAUUACUUACCCCUCGGGAUUAGUUCAGCAGCAGCUUCUUACUGAGUUCUACGACAAAGUAGAAAUCAGUCCCACGGAAGUUGCCUACGUUGAAGCGCAUAGCACCGGUACAUUUGUGGGAGAUCCGGAGGAAUGCGAUGCAAUCGAUAAGGUGUAUUGUACUGGGCGGAAAGGGCCCCUAUUGGUAGGGUCUGUUAAAUCCAGCAUAGGGCACACGGAAGCUUCGGCAGGAGUAUGCUCAAUAACAAAAUGCAUCAUUGCGAUGGAAAAUGGCCUAAUUCCUCCGAACAUCAACUUUACUGAGUGCAGGCCAACUAUCCCCUCUCUUAUGGAAGGACGUCUAAAAGUUGUUACCGACACUAUUCCUCUUCCGGGACCGUUGGUUGGCAUCAAUUCCUUUGGUUUCGGAGGGGCAAACGCUCAUGCUUUACUCUGUCGGAACUUGAAGGAGAAGAUCAAUAGUGGAGUACCAGAUGAUGAUCUUCCUAGGCUAGUCAUAUGGUCCGGAAGAACUCGAGAAGCCAUUGAAUACAUGUUUCAGGACAUAGGUCAACGCCCGCUGGAUGUAGAAUUUAUUGCGCUUUUGUACAACAUUCAGAGACAGCCUACCGCAGGUCAUCGCUAUCGAGGAUUCGGAAUCUAUCAAAAGAAUGGAGAACGGCCAGCUGUGCUACAAUCAUCAUAUAUUGAUCGGGUAAAAAUUGAAACACUGCCGGUGGUAGCUGUUUUUGGAGGACUGAACAACAACUGGAGACGAGAGUUGGAUGCGUUGCGACAGUUCUCCAUUGCGGAAACUACAUUCGUGAAAUGCAGGGAAAUUCUUCAAACACUAAAGUUCAAUCUUUAUAAAAAGCCCACAGAAAAAGAAAGUAUACUGUUUAAUAUGGUGGGCUCAACAAUUUUGCAGCUGGUCAUCGUUGAUUUGCUGAGCUCCAUUGGAGUUAAAUUCGAUUUCUAUGGAGGACACUCCAUUGGGCAGUUCACAUGUGCCUAUAUUGAUAAUUGUUUGACACUCGAACAGGUUCUUCAUUUAGCACUGUGGACUGGUUUGGUUUAUUCAGAUUGUCGAGCGGUUUGUGAUAGUACUGCUUUUGUUCCAAUAACCUCCAAAUUAAAUCAGCUUCCGUUCAAGAAAUUUAUCAAGGAUGACUCAACUUCGUUUGGCGUACUGACCGCUGCUGAAACAGUUAUCGCAGAACAGGUACGCCAAUUGAAAUCUUCUGGAUUCGCUGCUGAGGAGUUAUCAUUUAUAGAUAUCCAUACGGACUCGAAGAAAUCUUCAUUGCUUGGAAACAAGUUACGUCAGAUAGUCAACACUGUAUUAACAAGUGUAUUGCUGCCUAGUGAAAAGUGGAUUACUUCUAGAUUACCGCAGACUGCUUCAAUCUUUCAUUCGCCGAAGCUUCACGACGUGACAUCCGUUGUGAGUUUGAUUGAGAAAAUACCCCGUCAUUCAUAUGUCGUUGAGUUCGGAUGCUCACAAUCCCUUGAAAAUGUUCUUCGUCUGUUGAAUCACAACUCGAUCUACAUGCCAUGCAAUGAGCCUUCUGAUGCUAUCAAUCGAUUAUUGUGUCGAAUAGGACAUUUAUAUUUGACGGCACAGGAUCUGGACAUUGCCAAGCUAUACCCGGUAGUUCCGUUUCCGGUGUCCCGAGGAACUCCAAUGAUCUCACCCCUGAUCCGUUGGGAUCACCGGGAAAAUGCUUUCGUUGUAAAAUACUCUUGGCAUCAGCAGAGAAGGAGCAACUUGAUUUGGUACAAGAUUUCCCUGACUAGUCCAGAGUUCAAACAUAUCGUUGGUCAUUGCAUCGAUGGCCGGGUUUUGUUCCCAGCUGCUGGAUAUUUGCAGUUGGUUUGGGAGUUGAUGGCCUUCAUGGAAAAUAUUGAUUUUCCUGACUAUCCGGUUGAGUUUGAAGACGUUAGAUUUUUGAGAGCUACCACUAUAACAAAAGGACGGAAUGUUGAGUUGCUUGUUUCUAUUCAGGAAGAGUCCGGUCGUUUUGAGAUCUUAGAAGGAGAUUCACUGGUUGCCACGGGAAUUGCAAGAGUGCUGGUCAAUGAGAAUUAUAUUCCAGUAGUAGAAAUGGCUUCCUCGGCACCAGUACUACCAACGCGGGACUUUUAUAAGGAACUUCGACUGCGAGGUUAUCACUACACAGGACUAUUCAAAUCCGUUCUGGAAGCUAGAUCUGAUGGAACGAUGGCAAAAAUCCAAUGGAAGGGCAAUUGGACGGCGUUCCUAGAUGGCCUACUUCAAGUCGGAAUCAUUGGUCUCGAUUCGCGAUCUUUGAUGGUCCCGACAGUCAUUGAAAAGCUUUGCAUCUCGCCGAAAACUCAUUUGGCAAUGAUGGAGCGUGAAGAAGACUGUGAGUUCUACAGGAUCAAAAGCUGCCCUAAAACAAGUGUAUCGAUUUGCGGUGGUAUCAUGGUUUCCAAUCCUCGAGCUAGCACGGUGGGUCGUAGGAACCCUCCUGGAAUUCCCGUGCUAGAGACGUACCAAUUCGUACCGUAUCAUGCUAAUGAAGAAGUAUCUACUCUAGAAGCAAUCAGAAUGUGUGUCCAGUUGGCGUUGGAGAAUGUUCCGAUGCUAUCCGUAAGUGUGACAGAAAUUCACAGCGAGAGAGUUCCGGUUGUAGCACACUUGUUUGGAGAGGCCAUCGCUGAUCUUCCAUUGGUAAAAGCAAAUCUGACCGUCUUAGCAGAAACUGACAUGGAGCUGCAAAACAUCACUAUAAAAUUGGAGAAACUAUCUGAACAAUCGAACCAAUUGUUCUUGAUCACUGAUAGUAACUGGAGUGAUCCAAACUUUUUGCAAAAUGCCACUGGUAUCUUGGUCGACUGUGGAUUUAUAAUUGUUCGUGAAAAAGCAAAUUUUAAGCUCGAGGAGCUAAACCUACCAGAAGAACUCAAUUUGGUUGCAUCGUUUCGAGUUGACCAAGAUGAAACAUUUAUUUGCUUGCAGCGUAAAAGUAGGGGCUUCAGCGAAACUCCAACCGUCCUGAAAGUUGAUUCGUGCGAUUUUAGUUGGCUUGCAGAGCUAAAGCAAGCUGUCAAAGUCCGGUCUGUAAUUUUGUUUUCGCAAAAUGAUUCAAUAUCAGGCGUAAUCGGCUUGGUGAACUGCAUCCGUAAGGAGCCUAAAAUGCAAACAGUGCGAUGCGUACUUAUCGAUGAUCCAAAAGCGCCAGAAUUCACUUUGAAUGAUUCGUAUUAUAAGAAACAGUUGGAUUUAGGACUUGCAAUCAAUGUCUUACGGAAUGGCGUAUGGGGUAGUUAUCGUCACGCGUUGUUAUCGAAAAAACCAAAACUUGAGCCCGUCUCCAAGCAUUGUUUCGCGAACACUCUGACAAAGGGUGAUUUGUCAUCCAUGAUGUGGUUCACAGGGGCUUAUAACGAGAUGGACAAUGUAGGAACUAGGGUGAAUGUUUCGUGCUGUGCCUUGAACUUCCGCGAUGUGAUGGUUGCCACAGGAAGGUUGUCAUCAGACGUGAGCUCAUUCCACAGGUUGGAAGAGGAGUGUGAAUUAGGAUAUGAGUUCGCUGGGGUUACUGAAGAUGGUCGUAGAGUCAUGGGAACUUUGCCGGCAGGAGCAUUAUCUUCGGUGGUGGAUGUUGAUCCCUGUCUUCUGUGGACAGUUCCUGACAACUGGAGUCUACAGGAUGCUUGUACCGUGCCAGUUGUGUAUAAUACGGUUUUGACAGCGUUCAAUAUGUGUGCUGACAUAAAGAAAGGGCAGUCUGUAUUGAUCCAUGCAGGAACUGGAGGAGUUGGAUUAGCUGCAAUCAAUGUUGCACUUGCGUAUGGAAUGGAGGUGUUCACAACUGUAGGAACGGAUGAGAAAGCAAAUUUCCUGUUGAAUGAGUAUCCUACUCUGAAGCGAGAGAACAUUGGAAAUUCAAGAGAUUUGUCUUUCGAGCAGAUGAUCAAACUAAGAACCAACGGAAGAGGAGUGGACCAUGUGUUGAAUUCGUUAGCUGAAGAAAAGUUACUGGCUUCAGUUAGAUGUUUGGCGAAUGGCGGACAUUUCUUAGAAAUAGGAAAGUAUGACAUGGCUCGGGAUUCUAAGCUAUCGAUGGAGCUAUUUAGGAAGGGAAUAACAUUUACAAGCGUGAUGUUGGACACUUUGGUUAGGGAUGGCCCUGAGCGCAAACAAAGGUUGCAUGACUUGUUCAAAGAAGCUUUGCAUGCGGGGAUCGUAAAGCCGCUGAGGACAAAUGUGUUUGAAGUUGCUGAAUUGGAAAAAGCUAUGAGAUUUUUAGCCAGCGGAAAGCACAUGGGCAAAGUGGUGAUUAAACUGCGUGAAAAUGAGAAUGAUGCCAUGACGUUACCGAUUUCUUACUAUCCUCAUGUGUUUUGUAAUCCGGAUCAAGUGUACGUAAUUGUCGGUGGGUUGGGUGGCUUUGGUUUGGAACUGGCUGAUUGGCUUAUCCUUCGUGGAUGUAGGAAGCUGGUGCUUAGCUCCAGCCGAGGCAUUACGAAGCCUUACCAGGAAUACAGAAUUGGAAUUUGGAAUGGCUAUGGCGUUCGUACGCAUGUAUGCACUGCAGAUGUAACUACAAUGAGUGGUUGUCGUACUCUGUUGGAGGAGGCUUCGCAAUUCGGUUCCAUUAAGGCAAUCUACAACUUGGCCGUACAGCUUCGUGACGCCAUAUUGGAGAAUCAGACCGUUGAGAAGUUCGUAGAAUGCUUGGCACCAAAGGCGAAGGCAACGCAAUGUCUGGAUGUUGUCAGUCGCGAGCUAUGUCCUCAUCUGAAAUAUUUCAUCGUGUUCUCCAGCGUUUCUUGUGGUCGUGGAAACGCAGGUCAGAGCAAUUACGGAAUGGCUAAUUCUGUGAUGGAGCGGAUUAUAGAGCGAAGAGUUAUGGAAGGUUUUCCUGGGAAAGCAAUCCAAUGGGGAGCUGUUGGGGAAGUUGGGCUGGUAGCCGACAUGGCAGAAGACAAAGUGGAUUUGGAAAUUGGAGGAACACUGCAGCAACGAAUUUCGUCGUGUCUUCAGGAGAUGGACUACUUGCUGACAUGCGAAGAUCCAAUCGUGGCCAGUAUGGUAGUGGCCGAGAAGAGAUCAGGAAGUGGUUCAAAGAACGUAAUCGAAGCAGUGAUGAAUAUAAUGAGCAUUCGAGAUUUAAAGUCGGUUUCGAUGGAGAGCACUUUGGCGGAUAUUGGAAUGGAUUCGUUAAUGGCAGUGGAAAUCAAACAGGUUUUGGAAAGAGACUUCGAUAUAGUUUUGUCCCCACAAGAUUUGAGAACAUUAUCCUUUGCAAAGCUGUUAAAAAUGGACGAAGAGAAGAAACGAGCCGCUAUCGAUCUAGAAACCAGAGAAACUGAUCAAACAGCCGUUGGAAUGCAAAUGUUGUUAAGAAACCUUGGUAAUGAGGAGACCAGUGAUAUAACGUUCUUGCGUUUACCUUCUGCUGGUGAGGAAGGACGUCCACUCUUGUUCAUUCCUGGCAUUGAAGGUGUCGCGGGAAAUGUAUGGAAGACAAUAGCUAAGGAUGUGAAAUCUCCUGUUUAUGUGUUACAAUUAUCAGCUACUUUGGAAUGUGAAAGUAUUUCAAGCAUUGUUAAUCGAAUCAUUGAUGAACUCUGUGGGCUAAUGUUCACUAAAUUUGAUAACUACACAAUAAUUGCUUAUUCAUUCGGCUCGCUCAUUGGCAUCGAAAUAGCCAGAUAUCUACAGUCGAAAGGCGUUCGUGGAGAACUUGUUUUAUUGGAUGGUGCUCCAAAAUAUCUGAAAUAUUGGUCUUUGAAGCAACUGCAUAAUAACCCAUCAGAUGAAGAAGUGCAGAAGCUUAUUUCACUCGUUCUGAUAGCCAUGAUACUACCGGACGAUCGCUCAGAGACAGCAAUGUCCAUUUUGAAAAUAUCCUCAUUCGACAACCAGAUUGAGAAACUAAUCGAAUUGGGAGCGGAACAGAGUGAAUAUUCACCGGACUACACAAGAGGAAUGGCGAGUGCUCUUUGCAGAAGAGUGAAGAUGGCAGCGUUAUUGAACCUCGAUGAAGAUCAACCAUUGGACCUUCCCAUUACGCUGGUGCGACCCACCGAGCAGCCUUUUACGGACAUUGAGGAUAACUAUGGAUUGUCGAGCUAUACGACAGGUGAAAUAACGCUCCGGGUGGUUGAGGGAAACCAUGCAUCCAUGUUGGAUAAUCCUGAUCUAGUAGAGAUAAUUAAUAGUUUUGGUAAAUAAGCAAAGUUUAGCAUAUGCAAUGAGUUUAUUUUAUAUUUCCCUUAUUAUUACAAGUUUCUCAUAUCGUUCGUUCGUUUGGCGGACUUACGGUAUUCUGCGAAUAAACGUCUAUUUAAUUGAAAGAACCGUAAACA